AUGUCGUUGAAUCCUCCUCUUAUGUGGGCUCAGGACCGUGAUGUCGUUUACAUUACAAUCAAGCUCCAAGAUAUUUCCAAUGAGGAGAUCGUCUUUGGCGAAGACCACUUCAUUUUCCGCGGAAAAUCUGGCGACACAACAUACGACUACAAGCUUGAACUCUUCGGAAAUAUUCAUCCAACUGACAAGACAACAAAGUACAACAAGUUCGGCAGAUAUACUCAACUCAAUUGCCGCAAGGCUGACACAAGAAAAUGGUGGCCACGCCUUGCAAAGACAGCCCGCAAAUUGGCUAACGUAGGCAUCGACUGGGAGAAGUGGGUUGAUGAUCCAGAAAGCUCCGAUGAUGAGCACAAUCACGACGACGGCUCAUUUGAAAUCAAUAACACACCUGAUGCCGACUUCACAUCCAGCUCAGAUGAUGAGGAUGAGAAGAAGGAUACCAAACCUGCAGAACCAGCUAAAGUUGAAGAAGUCAAGAAUGAGGAACCUGCCAAAGCCGAAGAAGCUCCAAAAGUAGAAGAGGCUAAGGCCGAAGAAGAAAAGAAGGAAUAA